GCGCGCAGAGGCAUUCUUAUACUUAGCUGUAUUAAUUAUUCUUCUCCUUCGAAGCCUUCUAAGCCAUCUACCCCUCUACCCCUCCAUCUUAUACUCCCCUCCUCCCGCGUUGUCCUGCUCAGUCGGCUCCUGCAACCAUCGCGCUUGAUGUACUCCCGCACCACCCUGUUGAGCCGUUAUCUCAAUCUUCCCCGCGCAUAUUUAAAUUACCCGCAUAAUCAUAGACCGUUUGCCUUCCUCUCCGCGCAUUCCUUUGGGGCAACGAGCGCCACCAUGGCUGAUGCAACUUCGGGUGUCUCUGCCGACUCUCUGAGGGCCAAAUUGAUUGAGCAGCUGCAGGCGCAACAUGUUGAGAUUGAGGAUCUGUCCGGUGGUUGCGGUCAGGCCUUCCAAGCGGUCAUUGUCUCACCCAAAUUCGAGAGCAAGAACUUACUCGCACGGCAUCGGCUUGUGAAUUCAGUCCUGAAGUCGGAGAUUGCUGCCAUCCAUGCCUGGACGCCAAAGUGUUAUACCCCCGAACAGUGGCAGAGUUUGCAGCAGGGAAGCACUUAAUGCAGUUAUUUAUCUAUGGGAGAUAAAUAGAGAUGCAAGAGGGUUUUGUCCUUGGUAGCUUUGUCUAAAAAUUUCAUAUGCACUAUUAGGUAGCAGGAUUUUUCA